CCAUUUACCCGUAUAAAUAUCGACAUCCAAGCUAGUCUAGCACCCCAGCAAGCUUAUCGGCAAUGACGGAACCGGUGAAGCUCAUCGGCGCCUUCGGCAGCCCGUUCGUCCACCGCGCCGAGGUCGCCCUGCGCCUCAAGGGCGUCCCAUUCGAGCUCAUCCUUGAAGACCUCAACAACAAGAGCGAGCUGCUUCUGAAGCACAACCCCAUCCACAAGACGGUGCCGGUGCUCCUCCACGGUGACCGGCCGGCCGUCUUAGAGUCCCUCCUCAUCGUCGAGUAUGUGGAUGAGGCCUUCGACGGCCCGCCGCUCCUCCCCGUCGACCCCUACGAGAGGGCCAUGGCUCGCUUCUGGGCCCAAUUCAUCGAGCAAAAGUGCUCGAGGCCGUUCUGGAUGGCGGUGUGGCUGGACGACGGGGAGGCGCGGGAGGGGUUCGUGAGGGACACCAAGGAGAAUCUGGUGCUGCUAGAGGCACGGCUGCAGGGAAAGCGGUUCUUCGCCGGAGACGCCGUUGGGUACCUGGACCUGGCGGCCUGCGGGCUGGCGCACCUGCUGGGAGUGAUCGAGGAGGUGGCUGGGGCGAGCCUUGUGGUCGUGGGCGAGUUCCCCGCUCUGCGCCGGUGGGCGGAGGACUACACCUCCGACGCGACCGUCGCGGCGUGCCUACCGUCGAGGGAGCAGCUCGCCGCACACUUCGCCGGGAAGAAGGACCGAAUCAAGCUCGCCAUCAACGCGAUGGUGGGGCGGGCGUAGUUGUCAGUUUCGGGCAUCGAUCAAUACAGCAAGCGUCCGCAAAAUAUUCAGAUUAUGUACUGUAUGAUUUAUCUGUUACGUGUGUGUUGCCUAUGGUGCAUACAAAAAUAAAAAUACUAUUAGUAUUUGUUGUUACGAAAUUUAUGGCAAAGUAAUGCCAAAGUACGAAAUUUGCUAAAACUCUGGCGCCUGAA